GGCCUAGCACGAGUGAGCCGUCAACCGGCUUCCUUGUAUGUUCUCGAUAGACAUGCGUACGAUUCUCUUUUUAAUGAAACUUAAUCGCUAUAUAUUCAUUUAGAACAAUUUUAUAAUACUUAAUUUAUUAAAUUUAAUAAUUAAACCAUGUAUUUGUUUAAUAUAGUUUUAUUAUGCUCAAUGCUCUCCGUCAUCUUCAUACCAAACAUUGGUGGUUCGGAAGAUGGCAAAAAAUCGAAGAGCGCCAGAGCGUUGGAGACACGAGACGCUGGAGGAGACGAUGAUACAGACGGUUUAAACCAAAGAGAUAGGCUUGAGGACGAUGACGAGGAAACGACCAAAGUACCACCGGGAUUUCUGAGUCCGUCAGUGAGAGAAUACUUGGAACUAGGAAGGUCGAUACCAGGUAAACCGGGCACGGAUUAUCCGGUGCUGGCCGUGGUGCCGUACACGGACUUUUACUGCGACGACCAACCGUACCCGGGCUUCUUCGCAGACGUGGACACCAGAUGCCAGGCGUGGCACUAUUGCGACAUCGACGGCCGGCAAGCGUCGUUCCUGUGCCCGAACGGCACACAGUUCAGCCAGGCCGUGUUCGUGUGCGACUGGUGGUUCAACGUGCGGUGCGACCUCAGCAAGGAGCUGUACCACAUCAACGAGAGGCUGUACAGGACCACGCCGCGACCGGACAGGCCGCACAGGGUGCUCACCAAGGAGCUGCUCGACCAGAUAUUCCUCUGAUCGACCACAACACGCGAUUUAUAUACAUACAUCAUAAUUGUGUUUAACGCCUAUAUAUACAUAACUACUGCAGGAUUUACGAUACGAUAUAAUAAGACGUCUGCGACCGUUCGAUUGACAAGUACACAAUUGGUGUAGAUCUAGAAGCUUCUAAAGGCAUAUUCAAAUGCAAUUUCCGUACACAAAACCGUUAAAUCCUCCAGGUGCAAUCCCUCUUCGCCGCCAUACAGAGGCGUCUUUUCUCUCUCUCUCUCUCUCUCUCUCUCUCUCUCUCUCAUUCCCUUUCUUUGGUGUCUAUAUAUACAUAUUUUUUUUAUGUAUACUGUCGUUAUUAGAUCACUGAUCCGGCAACAACAAUUCAUGGUCGAAAUAUUAAGCGAUUUUAUAAAUAAGCGCAUAAACAUUUAAUUUGGUUUUAGCUCCCGCGUAAACGUUUGAAAUCUAUAUAAGUAUUGAAAACCAAGUCAACUUUAGAAAGUGACUAUGACGCCAGCGGCUCAAACUGCAACCUGUCAACAAAACGUCCACCGCCACCGGUACCGCUAACAUACAUAAUAUUUAAUAUUAAUAUAACACCGACUAGUCGGUAAAACCUUUGUACCUACAUAUUUUCUAGAAUCCUAUUCGUAUGUUCGCGGCAAUAUAUUUUUUAUUACCUGCGAACGUCACACGACUAAAACCGAAUAAAAUUUAAUUUGCACAUUUAACGCGUAUAAUUGUAAUAUGCUACCUAUAUAAUAAUGCAUUACACACCGCGGCAAGUGACCUUAUAUAUCGUGACGAUAACCGCCCACCAAGCGUACUUAGGUUGACAUCCCGAACGGGGGGUCUCCACGGCACUUAGAUCGCCAAUAAUAUUCCGACAUGAUAUUAUAUUCCAGUAGGUUCAUGAAAUAUUACACCGCGACCGAGUUAAAAUAUGUUUGGCCAUCGACAAUUCUGUACAACUAAAUUAUACAUUAAAUUGGUCAGGAGCAGUUAUAAAAUUAUUAGUUAUUAUAUUAUUCAAUUUCGACACUAUACACACAACAUAAAUACUCCUAUGUUCGCGAUAAUCUGUUCAACUAAACAAUAUGAUCGGAAAAAAUUACAAUUUGUACGGUACCUAUACAUAAAAGAAUAUUAUUAUACGCACGUCAAAGAGAAUAAUCGUUACAUCUCAAAACAGUGUAUACAGACACACCACACAUAGUGCUGUAUGUAAAUCGGACGCUCGCGCAAACCGCGUUUGCGUCAUUCGUUGUGUACUAAACGCGGACUUACAUUUAUACUAUUGUUUAAAGGUCACUGUUUGGAAAUAUAUUCGUUUUGUUCACUACAGAAAUUACAUGUGUAAAUAUAGUAUUAUCAUCAUAUUUCAAAACCAAUAAUGAUUUCCGAGAUGAUUGCAUUUGAAUCGUUACUACAAUAUAAAUCUUUAUCCUCAUAUACUCACUUAACAUAUUAAGUAUGUAUGGACGUUAUACACAUUAUGUGCGCGAUUGUUAUACGAAUAAAGAUCGAUUAUAAUUUAUAACCUGUCAUAUAUACAUAUACAUUAUAUAUAUAUUUUAAAACUUCUAUUAUCUAAUAGGCAAAUCGCCUUUCUAUGUAGGUGACAUAUUUUUUCUUUAUAUAACUUGUUAUUUACGCCAUUUGAUACGUA